AUGGCGUUCAUGCUGCUGACUGGCUUCCUGGGGGCAUACAUUGCUCUCUGCGUGUGGGCACACCAAUGCGUCCUGCGCACAGGCCAACUCGCGAAACGUACCCAGCAGUUUACCGAUGCUUCCGGCUGCGCAAGGUCGGUGGAGUACAAGACCAUCUGCGGAGACUGGGGGACGGCGAUGGUGGUACGGGAAAUCUUCAAGGACAUGGUCUACACACGCCACGGCAUUGACAUUCCUGUGACCGGUAGUCCGUUGGUGAUCGACGUUGGCUGUAACAUUGGUCUUUUUAGCAUGUUCGUGCUGGAAGUGAAUCCGCACGCCGUCGUCGUAGCAGCGGAGCCGAUUCCUUGGCUGUGUGCGCUGGCGAAGGAGAACACGGCACGCUACGGGCAGCAGGUGUGGGUAGAGCAAGUUGGCAUCUCGGCUGCUUCCCUGAGUGGCGCAGAGUUUCUUGUCGAUCCGCGCGUAAUGGCUGGCGCCUCGAUGUACGAGACGGAGAUUACACGCGCGUGGAAGGACGCCGCGCUUUGCAGGCAGCUGUCGGUCGUGGGCCGCGACAACGUCACCGCGGGUAACCUGCCUGCGCAACCUACCCUACUCCUGUGCUCGCUGCUGGAGAAGCCUGUUCUGCAGUGGCUUGUCACACUCCUGCUCAUGCCAGCGUUGGUACUGUUUGUCAUCUUUUUACUCCUCUCUCCGUCGAAGCGGAGACACGUGCGAUGCGACUGCGUGCCAUUCGCUGAGCUUCUCGAGCGCUCGACGCUCCACAUGCCAGACGUUGCGAUGCGUCGCCGCAUUACAGAUGGGCCGAUCGCUCUGGUGAAGGUAGACGUCGAGGGGGCCGAGUGGGACGUUCUCCUCGGUAUUGCCGACUCAGAGUGGAGACGCAUCGAGCAGAUCGUCAUUGAAGUGCACGACGUGCAAAACAGGGUUCGCCGUGUGGAGCAGCUGUUGAGGGCGAAGGGAUUUCAGGAGGUGCACGUCGCACAGGAGGAGUGGGUAUCGCAUAAUGUGCUGCGCAUUCACUCUGUCUUUGCCCGCCGCACCAAGACCGAAGGGUGA